AUUGUUUUUGCCAUGUCAGAAUAUGUAUCUGUUUCACUUGGGAAAGAAUUUAUAGAAAGUGUGCAAGUAAACUUAUCUUCCUUAUAUCAAGAUACAUCAAAUACAACUCCUUUAAUUUUCGUAUUGAGUACUGGUUCAGAUCCUUUUGGACAAUUUCAACGUUUUGCUGCAGAAAUGAAAUAUUUGGACAAACUUCAAGCUAUUUCCCUCGGGCAAGGGCAAGGUCCCAUUGCUGAAGGACUGAUAAGAAAUGCUGUGGGUAAGGGACACUGGAACUGCCAUCUGGCAACAUCAUGGAUGUUUAAUAUGGAGGUCAUGAUUCAAGAAAUAUCAAAUAACCCGAAAGAUGUCCAUGAGACUUUUCGUUUGUACCUCAGUUCAAUGCCUUCGAAAUCUUUCCCUGUUUCUGUUCUGCAAAAUUCAGUUAAAGUAACUAAUGAGCCCCCCAAAGGACUUCGAGCAAAUUUGAAAAGGGCAUUUGCAGACAUGAAAGAGGAGUUCUUCGAAGAGAAU